GGGGCGGGCGGAGGAGGCAUCGGGGUCCUGAGCUCCCCGGGAGUUUUUACUGCAGGCGAAAGUCCACCGCGGGCUGGCGGGCGGAGGGAGGGGCGGAGGGAAGGGCCCGAUUGAGGGCCCUGGGAAGCCGGAGAGACUCGGGAGGGAAGGCAGGGAUACUCCCGAGCGCGGGCGAGGAGGCCGGGGGGAGGGGGCGCGGCGGGAGGAGGAGUAGGAGAAGACAAAAGCCGAAACCGAGGAGGGCCCGGGCCGCACACUCGGGCCGCCGGGGUAGGAGGCCGCAGUGCACGGGGCGUCCCGGGCGGCAGGCAGCAUGGGGAAAGGGGGGAACCAGGGCGGAGGGGCCACCGAGCGCGAGGCGCCGAUGCCCACCUUCAGCUGGGAGGAGAUUCAGAAGCACAACCUGCGCACGGACAAGUGGCUCGUCAUCGACCGCAAGGUCUACAACAUCACCAAAUGGUCCAGCCGGCACCCGGGGGGCCAGCGGGUCAUCGGGCACUACGCCGGGGAAGAUGCGACGGAUGCCUUCCGAGCCUUCCACCGUGACCUCGAUUUUGUGCACAAGUUCAUGAAGCCUCUGCUGAUCGGAGAGCUGGCCCCGGAAGAGCCCGGCCAGGACCAUGGCAAGAAUUCCCAGAUCACGGAGGACUUCCGGGCCCUGAGGAAGACCGCUGAGGAUAUGAACCUGUUUAAGAGCAACCACCUGUUCUUCCUCCUCCUCCUGGCCCACAUCAUUGCCAUGGAGAGCAUCGCCUGGUUCACCAUCUUUUACUUUGGCAAUGGCUGGAUUCCAACCGUCAUCACGGCCUUUGUCCUUGCUACCUCUCAGGCCCAAGCUGGAUGGCUGCAACACGAUUAUGGCCACCUGUCAGUCUACAAGAAGUCCACAUGGAACCACUUCCUCCACAAGUUCAUCAUUGGCCACUUAAAGGGUGCCUCCGCCAACUGGUGGAACCAUCGUCACUUCCAGCAUCACGCCAAGCCCAACAUCUUCCACAAGGAUCCGGAUGUGAACAUGCUGCAUGUGUUCGUCCUGGGCGAAUGGCAGCCCAUUGAGUACGGCAAGAAGAAGCUGAAAUACCUACCUUACAAUCACCAGCACGAGUACUUCUUCCUGAUCGGGCCACCACUGCUCAUCCCUGUAUACUUCCAGUACCAGAUCAUCAUGACCAUGAUCGCACGCAGAGACUGGGUGGACUUGGCCUGGGCCGUCAGCUAUUACGCUCGCUUCUUGCUCACCUACAGCCCUUUCUAUGGCAUACUGGGGGCCGUCCUUUUCCUCAACUUCAUCAGGUUCCUGGAGAGCCACUGGUUUGUGUGGGUCACGCAGAUGAACCACAUCGUCAUGGAGAUCGACUGCGAGCCUUACCGUGACUGGUUCAGCAGCCAGCUGGCUGCCACCUGCAACGUGGAACAGUCCUUGUUCAAUGACUGGUUCAGCGGGCACCUCAACUUCCAGAUCGAGCACCACCUCUUCCCCACCAUGCCCCGGCACAACUUCCACAAGGUGGCCCCGCUGGUGAAGUCUCUGUGCGCCAAGCACGGCAUUAAGUACCAGGAGAAGCCACUGCUGAGGGCCCUGCAGGACAUCAUCAGGUCCCUGAAGAAGUCCGGGCAGCUGUGGCUGGACGCGUACCUCCACAAAUGAAGCCUUUGGGGGCGCCCACGGGGAAGGGGGAGCAGGUGGGAGUGCUGGCCACGGGGUGGGGGGGGUGGGCUUUUGUUCCGAGGGGUGUCCGCGAGGCCGGGGUACACGCUGGCCCACAGACCCCAUUUUUGGUCUUCCUCUCGUUUUCCCUCUCCUCCUUCCCUUCGCUUCUCGCCCUCAUGGGGCUGCCCUCUUGUCAGGCGGCCCCUCCCCCUCUCCUCCCCGCCCCCAACCCCAGGAGCAGAGAGAGGUGCUCCGUCCCAGCCCCCACCUCCUGCCCCUAAACUUCUGUCGGGCCAGAGGUCCACAGAUGAGGCCCGCGACACACCCGCCCCCCCCCAGCCUUGCUGCCUGGCCUCUGGGCCUCACGCCUCCUUUUCUGCCUCAGAUGCUCUUGGGGUCCAUGAGGCGGGGUCCUCGCUGGGCGCGAUGCUCUCCCCGGCCCUGCAGGCCCCGCCGCCUGUGUCAGCCGGUGUCAGGGAGCCUGUGUCCUCCUCGUUCCCGUCUCCCGCCCAGCCCACGCUGGGACCACCGGUGCUCGGGGCCUCCCUGCCGGUGCCACCUCUCUCCGGAUGUCUAGAGUCCUGGCCCCCCUCUCGACUGCCUUUGUCUGAGCAGCGCAGCCAGCUCAGACCCCCCGGGGCCCCGGGAAGUGUCCUCGCCCCUCCGGUGCCCUCUGACCCAGGGCUUGUGCUGUUCCACCCGAUGUCUUCCCAGCCGCACGGCCUGUGACCUCGGGUCCCAGGGGGCGGUCCUGAAGGUGGGCUCAGCGGAGGCCCGCCUGUGGCCAGGUCAGGCAGGUCCUGUCCGGUCCCAGGAGCAUCAGCCUUGCGCCCCGCCCACCCUCUUCGGGCUGGGAGACCUAAGAUUCUGGAGCUAUCGACCCCUUCUCCAAAGUGCUCCCUCACCUGCCAGGCAGCUCCAGCCAGUCUCUCCGCUUGGCCAAGUGGCCUCGGGCCUUUCCGGCUGCAGGAGGGCGCCCGAGGGGGUGCCUCACGCAGCCCCUCCCCCGAGUUGGGGCUGCCAGUGUGGACAUGCUCACACUGUCUUCCACUCUCCCAUCUUCUGGUGUUUUUAACCUUUUGUUAUACGGUACAUUCUGGCAGGCGGGUGGCAGCAGGGCUGGGCCUUGUGACAACUUUUACCACCUGCCCCUCACCGCCUCCCCAGGCCCCGCAGUCGGCUGAGCCGGGCUCACUCACUCAGCCCACGGUGGCCCUGACUGCGGGGGGCUGCUGGGGCCGCUGCUGUCGUCGAGGGGGCAGUGGGGGCACAGAGGGAGGCAGUCCCGGAGGAGGUGACCCUGAGCAGCGGGG